AUGCCAACUAAUGACACAAACGGGACUAGCCCGUCGUCCAAUGCUAACACACCAAACAAUAAUAACAACACAGAACCUCAUCAGAUUAAUGACUAUAAGAGAAAGAUUCCCGCUGUGGGAAGCAGUUCCAAUAAUGCCAAUGCGGGACCAGCCACAAAUCCUGGCGUUUCUCAAUCACCAUACAGGCGAAUAUCGGGGCCUCAAUUGUCUUAUCACAACCGACAAACUAGCAAUAAGAAUUAUUAUGGCUCUUCGCAUAACACGGAUGAUUAUGACUCAGCAAAAAGAUCAUUCAGUGGUGGAAGAGGCAGUCAGAAGCCAUAUUAUUAUGAUAGUCUAGAGCAACUGCAACUACAAAAGCAACAGCAACAAGCGCAAAAACUACAGAAGCAGCGAAGUGGCUCGCUACCGUCAAUGAGAAAGAAUAAUAAUAACAAUAGUGCUCAGGAACAGCCCGAAAAGCCGUUCUUGUCGAUAAAUACUGAUCGUGAUGCUAGGGCAGCUAAUGAAGACCCUAAAAGUGCCUUGGAUAGACCGUUAUCAUCGGGCUCAAUAAAGACACCCAGAUCUGCAUACCACUCUGCUAGCUCAUAUGGUAAUCCUAGAUUUUCAAAUUAUGGCCAGCGAAAGUUCCACGGCUCAAAAUAUAGUGCCCUUGGCUCUGUGGAGAAAAAUGGCAGCACACCUAAUAGCGCUAGUAGCUCCAAUAAUGAUGUAAAGAGUUUUGAUACAAAUGAACCGGCAGAUAAUCACAGUGGUGACUCUUAUUACCCAAAUGGAACAUCAUAUCCCUAUUCAAAGCAUUAUAAACAAUCUGGACGUUAUUUUGGAAAAUCAGGAAAGCCAGAUUACUAUGGGAACAGCCAGGAUUCUUUUUAUGGCUCCAAAUAUUAUCAUGGCAAUAGCAAUUACUCAAGUUAUGGGGCCGGAUAUGGUUAUGACCAUGCUUCAUAUGGUAAACAUCCUAAAGGUCAUUAUAGCUCUUACAACAAUAAUAAUAACUUUGAUGACGAUUAUGGGGGCCCUGGAAAAUUCAAUAGGCCAAAAAAGUACAAUAAUUGGUAUGGGUCAAGCCCGAACCCUCCGUCAACACCAAGCAAUAGUAAAACUGGCUCGGCAUCUUUGACGUCCUCCCCUUGUACUGAUGAUAAAUCUAUAGAUUCUAAGAUUUAUAACCUCGACACUGCAAUAAAAAGCAAUGAUGAAAAAAGAACAGAGGAGGAAGAACAUGAAGAGGAUGAGGAUGAGGAAGAAGAUAAUGAGGAUGACUAUGAAAAAGGAAAUGAUGUUGAUGGAGCUAAAAAUAAUGGUGAAAAUUCUCUAACAAAGACAGAGCUAUUUCAUAAAUCAAUUGAUAAAUCGCUUAUAUCUUCUGCGGCAGCGGAAAGUCCUAAGACAAAUUAUCUUGGAAUUGAGGACCGUAAGUCUGGUGAAGUAUCACCAAACAAUAUGCAAAAAUCUGAUACGUGUGGUGUUGAUAAUGAAGAAGACGGUUACAACAUUGAUUCCGAUAUUGAGAUUCAUUUUGACGAUGAAGAGGACGAUGAUAAAUGUGAAUUCAAGAAAAGGAGUAGCAGACCUGAAACCCCUGCAGUGACAAAGGAAAAGGAAGUGAAAGCAGAAGAGCCUCUACCUAGGAAUUUAUUGACGAAACUCAACACACCAGAAUCAGCACAGAUUGAUUUGAAGAAGAAACGGACAAAAGCCACGGGAUCGGCACCAAAAAGACAACAUCAUAAACUCUACAUAGCUUUUGGUGAAGGAUGCGUUUUCCCCCUUAAUAAGUUGGAGCAAGCAUUAUUUGACUUGAAGAACAGACCAAGAGAAGAAAUCAUUCAAGAACAAAAGUACCUACUCAAACGAGCCGUGACAAAUUUCUCAACAAAUUAUCCCUUCUAUAAGAACAACAUUUUGAUAAAUGAACAAGUGGUGAAACCACGAUUAGUGGAAAUUUUCAAAAAUACUACACAAAGAAUUUACUAUCAAACAUUAAUAUUAAGAAAGGAAUAUUCAAUAUUGAAGGAGAAGUGGGACACACAAACAGAAAUCAACGAAAAGCAGUUAGUCUCCAUUUAUCCUGACUAUCAAUCCCAACUAUUUGAUCAUAAAUUUAAAAACAAUGAACCCAUUGAAGAUAAAACGACAUCCGGUCGGAGAAGUAGAAAUCAUAUUGCUGAUAGCGUUACUUCUGAAGCUGAAUUUGAAAAGAUCUUGCAACAGAUAAAGAUGAACGAUCCUCUAUAUAAAGCCGAACAGCAUGCAGCAAGCAUUCCACCAAUGAUCAUGAAUCCAGUUGAUAAAUAUUCCAAACACUUCAUCAAUGUGAAUAACUUGGUUCUCGAUAAGAGCUCAUUCGUGAAAAGAUUGUUCACUGAUCCGAUCGACAAUUUCACCAAGGAAGAGCAUGCUUUAUUCACAGAAGCUUAUGUGAAUAAUCCAAAGAAGUUUGGUAAGGUAUCACAAUUGAUGGGAGGGUUGAGGACAUCUGAAGAGUGUGUAAUGCAUUAUUACAAUACCAAAAGGCUGGUUAACUACAAGCAAUUGGUGGCCAAUAAAAGGAACAGGAAGACUAGUACCAGAAAAAAGACAUCCAAGUCGCGUAGCAACAACAGAAAAAGUGAACUGCAUGAGGCAAUUGAAAACAAUGUUCCUUUACCAACAACAGAUGUUGAAAACGAGGGAGAGGAACCACUCAAGGACAAUGAUGAACUCAUGAUUAAGGAUAGUACUGAGGAGAACCCUAAGAGAAGUAUUUCUGACAUAACUGAACAUGAGAAAAAAAUAACAGCAGAAGAAUCUCUCGAACCACCGACGAAAAAGCAGAAGCCUGACAUUAAUGUCGCUGUUGAAGUAGCUAAACCUACUGUCACCGCCACUGAGUCAGCUCCACAGGUGAAUCAUGUCCCAAUGCAAAUUCAAUCACCUAUACAGCCAAAAGAACCUCUUUUGCCACCUUCAGUUCCAAUAGAUAGGUUCCAUGUGAGCCACAUAAAACCGAAGUCUACUCUUCCCGAGAAAAAUGAAGAAAUUAUUCCGUUCAAGGAACGAAAAUCUAAACCAGUUUCUAGUUAUUGGAGCGUAUCGGAAAUUGGACUAUUCCCUGGUCUUUUGCAAAAGCAUGGUACGCAAUGGGACAUGAUUGCUAAAGAAAUGGGUAGCAAGACCACUAUUAUGGUUAGAAACUAUUAUUCUAAGAAUGCUGACAAGGAGGGUUGGAGAGACACUGCAGAACAUGUUGAUAAAGAAAGAAAGGAAAAAGAGAAAAGCUCAGCCAGUAACGUUAUGAUAGGGAACGAGCAUGGUAAUAACGCUUUUAUUCAAGCAAGAAAUCAGCAAUACGAUUACAAACACGCUGAGCCCCCAUUAGGUUAUUUUGUGGAUAAAAUCCCAACAGGUUACUUCAACAGCAAAAAUGUUCAUUCUUCACCAGUUGCACCAAGAAAGCACGAGGAUAUAUGGGCGAUGAAAUCAUUGGCGCCAAUGCCACUGGUAACACCCACUAUUCCUCCUGUUGACACUUCUAUGAUUUCUUCUAGUUCCAAAGACAUUCAGACUCCCAAUGGGUUGUUGGGCACUUUCUACAGCAAUAGACCACUUGAAGCGCCUCGUGAGCAAAAGAGCAAUAUCCACACCCUUAUCAAUACUGCUUCCAAACCAGCGCCAGAAGUGUAUCACAAAUCUGAUAUUAGUUCAGUCUUGAAUGGAGUAAAGGAGGCUCCUACUGAUUUAUCGAUCCAAAAGUCUUCAAUUUCUUCACCUCGGGUAUCUAUUUCAUCUAUUGUUAAUCAAGAUCUGGCAGCGGCAAGAUCCACCUCACCGGUUUUGAACAGACCGGCGAGUGACUCACCAAAGACAUCGAUUGCAAAUUUGAUUUCUCCAACAAACAAUCCUUUGUCAGCUAAAGCUAGUCAUAUCACUCCAAAGUCAUCGAUUUUUAAUUUAUUAAAUAGCGGCUCCUCUGGUGAGAAGCCCCUGGCCAUGCCAAAAAAUCAUUCAUCACAAGUCUCACAACAUUCAACCGCUUCUAGUAGAAGUACCACUCCAGUCAAUUUGCCACCCCUUUCAAGUUUCAGCAAUGCCGGUGCAAACACCCAGCAGUCUAUUUACGGUGAUAAAAAGUACGCAUCUGCAUACGAUACGUCAAGAUCAUUACUCUCCUUUGCGUCAUCUGGUAGCCGUUCAAUUUUGAAUCAUUCAUCAAGCCCUGCACUUGCGGGCCCAUCGAACACAUCAUCUUUUUCUAGUCAGGGCACUAAUACUUGGGAAGAACGAAGAUUACCGGCAUUGAACUCUGUGUGGAAGCCAGCGACUGUUCAUCAGGCUACGCAAUCAGGAUUUGAUACCUUGAUUGCUGCUGCUUAUCGUCAACAGGAACAACAACAGACACGCUCUUAUGGUGAUCAAAAUGCUAGAAAAGCUGGUGAUUUGAGUGAAUAUCAUUUGAGUAACGGCAAUGGUAAUCAGGCUCAGUAA